GUUCACAUUAUGUGCUUCCUGUAGCGACCAGGCAUGAGAAUAUGUAAACACCAACUUCAGUUGCAUCAGAAAAAGAAAAAAAAUAACAGUAUUUAGUAUACAAUAUUAUUUAUAACAGGUUGAAAAUGCUCCUGUUUUGUCCAACUUGUGGGAAUGUGUUGAUCGUGGAGGAGGGACAGAGAUGCUUCAGAUUCGCGUGUAACACAUGUCCAUAUGUGCACAACAUCACGAGGAAGGUAAAUAACAGAAAGUACCCCAAACUGAAGGAGGUUGAUGAUGUUCUCGGGGGCUCUGCUGCUUGGGAAAAUGUGGAUUCCACUCCAGAACCUUGUCCAAAAUGUGAGCACCCAAGGGCCUACUUUAUGCAGAUUCAGACUAGGUCUGCUGAUGAACCGAUGACAACCUUCUACAAGUGCUGCAAUAUACAAUGUGGGCAUCGCUGGAGAGACUAAAUCAGAGAUCUCAGAUUUAAACUUUAUUAUGUGGCUCAGAAUAUGUGCUCAUAACAGAAUAUUCAGUUUUCAUAUAGAAGAUUUAUAUUUAUUUGUUGGAGCCAAAACUUUGUCAUUGUGUAUUUGGAUUCAAAACGACAGACACCCCUUUAUGCUUCAUAAACUACUUUAUUUUCACUUUUACAGAAUGUGUAUGUAAUAUAUCAUUAUGACAGUAACUACAUGAGCUUUGUUGGCCUGAUGACUGAUUUUUGUGUGGGUGUGUGUGCGCAUGCAAGUAAUAAAAUUACUUUUCAUAUAUGA